AUGGCUAGGGUUGCAAUAGAAGAGUCUGGCGUUGGAAAGUCAUCCGAAGGAGUUUCAAAUGGACAACAACAGCAGAUCAGAACUCAAUCCGGGGAAGAAAUAACUGAAUGGAGAUCUUUGGAUCAAGUCGAAAAUGGGAGUCCAUCCACUUCACCUCCUUAUUGGGACAUUGAUGAUGAUGAAGAUGAUGAUGGAGGACAAAAACCAUCCGAUUUAUAUGGAAAACAUACGUGGAAGAUUGACAAAUUCUCGCAAAUUAGCAAAAGAGAGCUUCGGAGUGAUACAUUUGAGGCUGGGGGCUAUAGAUGGUACAUUUUGAUUUACCCGCAAGGCUGUGAUGUCUGCAAUCACCUCUCGUUGUUUCUGUGUGUUGCAAAUCAUGACAAGCUUCUUCCAGGGUGGAGUCACUUUGCGCAGUUCACCAUUGCUGUGGUGAAUAAGGAUCCUAAGAAAUCUAAAUAUUCUGAUACAUUACACCGGUUCUGGAAGAAGGAGCAUGACUGGGGUUGGAAGAAAUUUAUGGAGCUAUCAAAGUUAUUGGAUGGGUUUAUUGAUGCCGAUACUUUGAUAAUUAAAGCUCAAGUUCAAGUUAUUAGGGAGAGGGCAGACCGGCCGUUCCGUUGUCUUGACUGUCAGUAUCGGAGGGAACUUGUUAGAGUUUAUUUGACAAACGUUGAACAAAUCUGCCGGCGUUUUGUUGAAGAACACAGGGCCAAACUGGGAAAGUUGAUAGAGGAUAAAGAUAGGUGGUCUAGCUUCCGUGCUUUCUGGCUGGGAAUGGACCAAAGUUCAAGGCGCUGCAUGUCCCGUGAAAAAUCAGAGUCAAUUUUAAAAGUCGUUGUGAAGCAUUUCUUCAUAGAAAAAGAAGUCACAUCUACCCUUGUCAUGGAUUCACUGUAUAGUGGUUUGAAGACCCUUGAAGCCCAGAACAAGGGUAAGAAUAAGAAGGGCAAGGGGAAGUACUUGGAGGCAGAAGAAUUAUCUGUUCCUAUUGUUCACAUUGAGAAAGAUACAUUUGCCUUGGUAGAUGAUGUGUUGCUACUUCUUGAGAGGGCUGCUGUAGAACCCUUGCCUCCGAAGGAUGAGAAAGAUCCUCAAAAUCGUACAAAGGAUGGGACUGCUGGAGAGGAUUUCAACAAAGAUUCUGUUGAGCGUGAUGAGAAACGACUUACUGAAUUGGGUCGGAGGACUAUCGAGAUAUUUGUCUUAACGCACAUUUUCAGGAAAAUUGAAGUUGCGUACCAGGAGGAAGUUGCAUUAAAGAAGCAAGAAGAACUCAUUCGUGAAGAGGAGGCAGCCUGGCUUGCAGAUCUUGAGCAAAAAGCGAGGCGUGGAGUUGUGGAUAAGGAAAAGAAGUCCAAGAAAAAACAGGGCAAACUUAAACGAAAUAGUCGCAAAGGCAAAGACAAGGGACGGGAUGAAAAGUCUACCAUGAGCACUGGUCAAGACAAGAUUGAUGAAGAUGGUCGUGCUGAGAUGAAAGAGUUAGCUGCAGUGCCAGAAAUUGAGCUCGGAAAGUCUGAGGUUGUUGAAGAUGUAUCUGAUGUGUCUGAUUCUGCAGAUUAUGCUCCCGAACUACCUCCACAAGAGUUAGAGGACAGAGAUGUGAGUCCUGUCAAUUCGGAUACUGAUAAUUCUGAAGUACAACCUCCAAUGGAAUCUGGUAGUUGUGGGAAUUCAGGUGUUGUACAAAAUGGAAUGGAAAGCAAAGGUCCAUCAGUAGUGGAUGAUAGCUCGUCAGCUUGUUCCUCUGACUCGGCUCCUUCUUCUGUUGCGAGUGUAGCUCAUAAUGGGAAAUUGGGUUACCACAAUAACCAAAACUCUCCAAGCAGGGGGUGGAACCAAAAAAGCAAGUUAAAUUCCGGAUCAACCGAUUGGGUUAAUGUAGGACCUAGUCAACCUGUGCCAGAUGCAAGGCACUCAAAUGAUGCAUCCCAAAGUACUCGUCCUCAAGCUCCAGUUCAGUCUCUACCGGAUAGGGUGGCUAACGAUGUCCAGCAGAAAGUGGGGAAAAAGGAUGACGAAUCGAGAUCAUUUCAGAGAAAUCUGAGUGGCAAAGGCCCAAGCGAUGCAAAUUCAUGUAGCAAAAGUGCAGCAUGUGUAAUGUCCCCACCCAGAAGCCCUUCAAAAAUCACCCCAUUAAUCUCUCAUCUAAAUCUGGACACGAAGGCAGACAUUGCUAAGCCAGCUCAUACCACUUCAGAAACAAGCAACCCUCAUAAAUUUACAACUCCAAAACCUGCCGUAAAUACAUCUGGACACCAACGGAUUGGGAAGCUUCCAACGCAGGAAGCACCCGUGCAGGAUGAUAAAACCUCGUCCAGACCCCUCAGUGCUCGGCCUGCUGUCUCUGCUGUCCAAACUGCAUCUGUUUUGGCUCGUUCUGUGAGUGCCGCUGGACGACUGGGCCCUGAGCCCUCCAAUGCAUAUGCCAGCCAGAGCUAUUCCUACCGAAAUGCAAUUAUCAGUGGGACCACAUAUUCCCAAAACCCUUGUGCUACUUCCAUUGUUAAUUCGUACUCACAGGCGCCAUCCCAAUCCCAUCUUUUCCAACAGCGGGCCGAACCCAAUCUCUCCUUGGGAAUUACAAGUCAUCCCAAGUUCGUGCCGAAUGUUGAGAGUUACAAUCCGGGCCGAAGUGGGCCCCAAGAUCACAUCCGUCCCAAGUUCCCUGUGGGCCAGGGCCAGGGCCAGGCCCACGCGAUGCCAGAUGAGUUUCCGCAUCUGGACAUUAUAAACGACCUGCUUGACGACGAGCAAUGCAUCGGGAACGGGAUGGUGGCUCGGGUGGACAGCUCAGGCUACGAGAGCUUUGGAGGUGGCCCCCACUACCUCAACAGGCAUUACAGCUUCCCCAGUGACCCUGAGCCUGCCCCAUCAUGCAGGUACGACCGGAGUUUGCUCAACGAGGGGAAUCAACAUGGAAGGAUGUAUGAUGCGGUUAGGGAUAUGAUUCUCCCGGCCCAGCUGGGCACACGGCCCUAUCUGCUCGAUGCUUUUGUUCCAGGCCAGUGGCAGAUGGGCGGUGGUUUUGUGAGCGCAAGGAAUAAUAUGGAAAGUGACGGUGGCGACUAUCCGUAUCGUAUACCAGAGUAUACGAACCCCACUGUUGGGAUCAAUGGGAUCAAUGGUUACACAGCAUACAGGCCAUCAAAUGGGCUUUGA